AUGGCUGCCAUCCCUGCUGCGGCGAGGUCCGAAGCGACUACCCCUUGGAAGAAAAAUCUCUCUGCGACCAUCAUUUGCUCCGAAUGCAAGGAAGUGCCACCGAACCUGGAGUUCCCCGACUCCCACGAGACAGUUUGCGGCUCCUGUGGUCUGGUCUUAGCUGAUCGCGAGAUCGACAUGCACUCCGAAUGGCGAACCUUCUCCAACGAUGAUCAAAAUAACGACGACCCUUCCCGAGUCGGUGAUGCCUCCAACCCGCUACUGAACGGUGAUCAACUUGAGACCUCGAUCGCCAGUGGUGCUUCCGGCCGUGCUCGGGACCUCUACCGUGCUCAAAACAAGCAGUCCAAUGAGAAGGCGAACAAGCAGCUCCUUGCGGCGUACAAGGAAAUUGGUGCACUUUGUGAUGGUUUCAACAUACAGAUUAACGUGGCUACCACUGCCAAGUGGCUCUACAAGCUCGUAGACGACGCCAAAGCAUUCAAGGGCAAGUCGCAGGAUGUGAUCAUUGCAGGCUGCAUUUUCAUCGCAUGCCGAAAGUGCAAGGUGCCCCGUACAUUCACCGAGAUCUUUGCCAUGACCAAAGUCAGCCGAAAGGAAAUUGGUCGUAUCUACAAGCAGCUGGAGAAGUUCUUCCAAGCACAGAAUCUCGAGCGUCACAACGCGAUCCUCGAGAUGGGUGGUGUAGUCGAUCCCAACGACACCUACACUACGACCACUUCUACCAAGCCGAGCGAGCUAUGCAACCGUUUCUGCAACAUGCUCGACCUUCCUUAUCAAAUCACCAGUGUUUCCUCGUCUCUGUCUGACCAUGUCACCAGCAUGGGUGAUCUCGCUGGCCGUUCUCCCUUGUCCAUCGUGGCAGCCUGCAUAUACAUGGCUUCUCAUCUGAUGGGCCAGGGCAAGUCCGCCAAGGAAAUCUCCGCUGUGGCUCACGUUAGUGACGGCACGAUUCGCGGUGCCUAUAAGCAGCUCUACGCUGAGCGUGAUCGCUUAAUUAACCCUGAGUGGAUCAAGGAUGGCAAAGGCGAUAUCUCCAAGCUGCCUGUGAGCUAA